AUCAUACAUUAUCUACCAAGAUCCUGGCUAUCCCCGGUGGUCAUGGCUCAUGCCCUGGGAGUGGAGUGAUUCUCGAGCUGCUUCUGAACAAAUGCCAUCCCCGCGCACUCGUGUUGAGCCACGAAGAGAUGAUCCUGACCAUCGGCGUGAUGGUUGCCCAGGAACUGUUCCAGACAAGUAUUCCAAUCAUCCAGGUUUCGCCGUCUGGAUUUAUCGUCCUGCUAAAAUUGAAAUACGUGCAUAUCACUGGGAGUCGAAUCCAAUGGACAGCAGACGAAACCUUCUCCCAGCUCCUGAGCAUGAUGGAUUACUGCCAGUCAAACUGACACAGUUGGAUGAAGACAUGUUGAACGGAAUUCAUGGAAAAGCCGCUCAGGUUGCAAUGCGCGUGAUGAUCCGGACAGCAGAGAUCCAACGAGUUAGCGAGUUAAUCGACAUGGAGCAAGCACACAUCGACUGCUGCAUCUACACAGGUCCCGCAACACUGAAAUUCGCCCAACGGCUACGUGAAUGGGGCACCCACAUUCGAAUUCCCACAUCAUUACAAGCAAUAUCCAUAGACCGACGUUUGUGGCGCUCACAGCAAGUCGACCCGACUAUCGGCGAGCCGGCAGAGCAGCUGGCACAAACAUACGAGGAAACAGGCGCGAAUGUGCUCUGGGCCGAGUCCAAUGCCGUGGUCUUUGCAAACAACAUUCUGGGCGCCAGGACAAUCAAGUGCCCGGGUUUCCUCGACGUACGAUGCUUCCCGCUGGUAGGAUAUCAUGCUGGCGAUCUUGCUGGGGACUCUAUUCCAAUCAUCAUGGGUCUCGAGAGACACAAGGUGACCAUCGAAGAUCUGAAAGCAUUUGGUGCAGCCUUUGCUACCACCUCCAGUGCCCCGAUGUUUCAUAUUGCAGGGAUCACCAUAGAAGCCCGCAGCGUAACUGACAUCGAGGACCACCUAAGUGGGACUUCAAGAGUCACACUCACACGACCAGACCUCGCCAAACAAUGGAAUUGCUUUAACAUCCACGAACAAGGCGAAGAAUCCACCCCCCUCGAUCUAAUCUCUCUCGGCAACCCGCAUCUUCUCAUACGACGAAACCGCAAAACUAGCCCAUCUCUGCGCAGGCCGGCCCAAGAGCGAUACUACUCUGGUGGUGACAUGCAGCCGCGACACAUACAGCCGAGCAUACCGAGACGGAUAUAUGACGAGUCUAGAAGACUUCGGGGCUCUGGUUAUGAUAGAUACGUGCUGGUACAUGAUCCAGGAACCGGUUAUUCCACAGGAUUCGCGGACUAUCAUGACGGAACUCGGCCAAGUAUGCUCACUACAGGAGGGGGUGGACAGAGCAGCAGAUGCGGUCUGGGGGACUUGCGCAAUGUGUGGAUACUGCGUGUUCGGGUUGGGUGUGGAAUCGUCUUCCUGUUUGGCUUGACGGUCGUACAUACGACG